AUGGUGAUUAAACAGUUUAGGUCAGAUUUAACUAAAACACUUUUAUCAUCUACACACAAACAAUCGUGUAACAGACAAGCCGAUCCAUCAUUACAAUUUCCGCCACUGCUACAAGCUAGCAAACAAUCAAGCAUCAAUUAUCACAUAUCAACAAAUGUCAAAAAUGGAAUCAUGAUAAAGCUAGACCAGAUUCUCAACUCUAUGACCAAAUUCGAAAACACAAUUGGUGAUUUAACCAAACGCACUGAAGUUAUUGAAGAAUGGAUUACCAAAAAAGAAAAAAAUGAUAUCAAAAUUGAAAAUGAUAUUAAAGCUGCACAACUUGCUAAUGGUAGAUUAGAUAAAGAACUUAAACAUCAAGUGAAGGUCAUUGAAAAAUUAUUUAUCCCGAUAUUAGAUGAUAUCAUCACGGUGUUAACUGAACUGAAUAUUAAAGAUGGUAUGGCUAUGGAUGCAGACUUUAGGUCACGUAGUGGUUUAUGGAAAAGCGAGCUUAAAGCGUAUUUGGACAAAAGACUCAAACUAUAA